AUGCCCGCAAUCGACGCCACUGACCUUAAGCUGGAAGACAUCAUUGAUGUCGACCGACUUUGCAACACGAGCGCGGUCGAUUGCGCACUCAACAUCAAGGACCGCGAAGCACAUAUCGAGGAGAUCCUCGUAAGCGAGAACCCCACGGUAGAGGCAGAGGCUCUGAUCCUCUCCGUCCUAUUACCCAGCCUGGCUACGGUUCUGAAAUCUUCUGCCUGUUUUGGCGCCCCUUCCGGCCAGAUUGACGAGAACCAUCCGCACUCUGUUGCAUCAUCGUCAUCGAGCUCCCAGCAUGGCACAAAACGGAAGGAGCCGGAAUCAUCAGAGGUGCCUCCGCGCAAGCGGAGAAAAAUCGUGAAUGGGCCGCGGGCAGUGACGCAUGCUCGCGAUUGCACAUGGCCCCAAUGUGAUGUUCGCGACGUGCCCGCGGUGAAUGACAUGUGGGCGCAUGUACAGACCCACGAGCCGCUCCUGAGGCAUACGGGUCCAGAGAUCGAGCCGGAGGUACGGUGCGUCUGGAAUUGCCACAAGGAGGGUUCUGUCGGCACGGUGAGAGACGUGGUAGAGCACAUGCGGCAAGUGCAUGCGCCGCGCCGACUCAACCGCACAAGAACGCAGGAGACGAUCGUCAAGGCGAGCGAACCGUGCUGGUGUCCGCAUGCGGAAUGCGUUCAAGGGCGGAUGCUUGGGCAUUCUGCAAGCACGAAGGCGACGUCGUCAUGGCAAGAAUUCCCUAGGCACUGCCAGUCUGUGCACUGGCUGUGUGGACACGAGGUCGAGUUCUGCGAGGUGUGCGGAGGUACGCAUCGCAAGGACGCGUUCCACAAGCGGAUGAUGCUGGAGAAGUGCUUGAAGAACCUUCUGAAGACGAGGUCUUUCCAGUCAGGAGAUCGAGAAACGCUCCUUGCCGAGAAGGACGAGCGGGCGAUGUAUGCGAAGCAGCCUUCGUACCGAGCAUGA